GAAAUAUACAACCGUGAUUAACGUCUUGUUUGUGCCAGUCAAUAUUAUUUCAAGUGUAAAAUAUGGAUUUAAGUUUAAGAAAUAUAAUAUUGUUAAGUGUAGGAUUUCUUCUACUGCUUACUGGUUCACAAACAAUGACCAAUAUUCAAAAAACCAUAAUUGAUAGUAUAAAGGAAGAUGAUCCAUCUUAUAAAGAAAAUGGAUAUUACAGUCAGGCUAUAAACGCCGGAUUCACUGCGAUAUUCAAUUGGAUAGCUCCAUCAGUAAUCAACGUUUUUGGAUCCAAAUUGGCUAUGGUUUUGGGUGCAAUUUUAAGUAUUUUUUUUAUAUUACAAUUCAUGCUAGAAAAAGUUUGGAUUUUAUAUACUGGAUGUGGUUUAUCAGGAUUGGGUUACGCUUUAUUAUGGGUAGCCGAAGGUUACUAUUUGGCACUUAAUUCUACGGAGACAACCAUUAGCAGAAAUACUGGCGUAUUCACAGUAAUAGCCGGAUCCAACAUGAUUAUUGGAAAUAUAAUUGUUUUAGUUGGAUUUAAUGGAAAAGAAGAAAUAAACAGAGAAACGCGAAUGCUGAUUUUGAUUACAUUAGCAGCCGUAUGCACAGCUGGACUGGUCGUAUUUGUUUUCCUUCCUAAACACAAAAAGGAAGAAAAAAUCAAUGAAACCAAGCCAGUUGGAGCAUUAGAAACUUUUGUAAAAUCAGUUAAAUUAUUUUGUACAAAAAAUAUGUUAUUGUUAAGUAUUACUUUUUUAUAUAACGGACUAGAGUUAGGAUUUUUCAGUGGAGUUUACUCUUCUGCCAUUGGUUUUACAAAACAAAUACCUAAUCGUAAGGAGCUAGUCGGUUUGUCCGGUAUAUUUGUAGGAAUUGGAGAAGUAUUUGCAGGAACCGCAAUAAGUGUUUUCGGUAAAAAAGUCGCAGCUUUGGGUCGAAGUGUUUUGAUAGGAGUAGGGUGUUUCGUGCACAGCUUAAGUUUUAUAUUAAUUUUUAUUAAUUUACCAGAUAACUCUCCUUUUGGUGAAACCGACGAAUCAGCAAUUAUUCAAAGCAAUACAGUGCUUGCCAUGUUUUGUUCAUUUCUUUUAGGUCUUGGAGAUUGUCUUUACACAAACGUAAUAUUUAGUUUACUCGGUACAGUUUAUUCUGAAGAAGCUGCCGCAGCCUUUGCUAUUCUUCAAUUCUUAGUAUCAAUUGGAGCGGUAAUUACUUUUGUCACAGCUGAGAUGUUUGGCCUUUAUUACAAACUUGCUAUGCUUUUUGGAUUAGGAAUAAUAAAUACUGUGUUUUUCAUAUUAGUUGAUUCUUCUUCGAAACGUAAGCUGUUGGAAAAUAGAGACAAAAAAGAAAUUUCGUAGUCAAUUUUUAGAAUUAAAAAAAAGCGAUUGUUUGAAACAAGAGAAUAUAUUUUAUGUAUAUAUGUAAAAGAUUUAUAGAUUAGGCUGUGAAUAAAAUGUAUAUUAUGUAUAUAG